GAAAGCAGGCUACUAGCAAUUUUGAGAGCUUGCAGAAACAUUGCAAGGAAAAUGAAGUUCCCUAUUUUCAUAGCAGAUGCAUUCACAGCAAAAGCAUUUCGUGGGAAUCCUGCUGCUGUUUGCCUCCUAGAAAAUAAAUUGGAUGAAGACAUGCAUCAAAAAAUUGCAAAGGAAAUGAAUCUCUCUGAAACUGCUUUUAUCCAAAAACUACACCCAACUGACAACUUUACACAAAGUUCCUGCUUUGGAUUAAGGUGGUUUACACCAGUGAGUGAGGUUCCUCUCUGUGGCCACGCUACCCUGGCUUCUGCAGCUGUGCUGUUUCACAAAAUAAAAAACACGAAUAGCACCCUAACGUUUGUCACUCUGAGUGGGGAACUAAAGGCCAGAAGAGAAGAGGAUGGUAUCGUCCUGGACCUGCCUCUUUAUCCAGCCCAUCCCCAGGACUUCCAUGAAGUGGAGGAUUUGAUAAAGACUGCCAUAGGUGACACACUGGUUCAGGACAUCCGCUAUUCCCCAGAUACCCGAAAGCUCCUGGUCCGGCUCAGUGAUACUUACAACAGGUCAUUUCUGGAGAGCCUGAAGGUGAACACACAGAAUCUGACGCAAGUGGAAAACACGGGGAAGGUGAAAGGACUCAUUCUCACCAUCAAGGGAGAGCCUGAUGGGCAGACUCAAGCGUUUGACUUUUACUCCAGAUAUUUCACUCCAUGGUUUGGUGUGGCCGAAGACCCUGUAACAGGGUCUGCACAUACUGUUCUCAGCAGCUACUGGUCCCAGCAACUGGGGAAGAAAGUCAUGCAUGCCUUUCAGUGUUCCAGCCGGGGAGGAGAAUUGCAGAUUUCCCUGCGUCCUGAUGGACGAGUUGACAUCAAGGGGCGUGCUGCUCUUGUUUUAGAGGGCACGCUGACGGCCUAGACGCGCCUGUGCGUGAUGCUGCGAUCCUGACUUACUAUUUUCCACGUAGAAAGAAAUGUAAGGGGCUGCUUUGAAUAAAGUUUGCAUAGUAGUCUACUUAAUCCUCACCUUAGACAUAGAACAACAAACACAUAUUAAUGGAAAUUUAAUAAUGCUUCCUGACUAAUUAACUAAUGGAGUUUUGGCUCUGCCUGUGAGUAUAUUUGAAAUGUAAGUAACUAAUAACGAAGAAUAAUGUUGUCACCUUUGAUUAUGAGCACCAAUCACAAAAUGAGGAACAAAUUUAUGAGGAGUAAGAUCAAACCAUUUAAACUUAGGUGUGAGUACCAGAUAGACUGUUUUGUAGCCAUUGAAAAGACCCAAUAACUAUGAGGAAAUAUUAAAAAAAAUUUCAUGAUACAAUACCAAGAAAGAAAAUCACAGUAGAGUAUAAACUGUUAGCGACGUUAUGCUGUGUCUGUGGAGAAUACGAAUUUAUAUGGACAGAGAUGGAUCAUGAAGAUAGAAAAGUGAAAAGAGUUCACGUGUGGAGGAUAAGAUUGGAGUAAUUUUAAUGUACCUAAAAAGUUAUUUUCUUCAUUGGAACACACUCAUGUUUAAUAACUAAAAAUCAGGACAUGUAGCUAAAUAACUAAAAAGCCCAGAAUUUUUUUAAAUGUAUGUGUGAUAGAGUGGUAGUAAAAUUAAACAUGAAAAGUAA